AUGAAAAGAAAGAGGUUUCCAGGAGAAAAGGAGGUAUUUUGCACACUUGGUCUGAAUGCAUGCAGCAGACUAGCCUCUAGUAUGGUUUGGGAUCUUGGAAGGAAUUUAGUUGAUCAACUUGUUUCUGUUUGCAUGACUGAGCUGACUGUUUAACCAAGGAGUGUUUAACAAUACCACCUUUCGUAGUUGGGAUUUGAGUCUGCAUGGACAAUGAUGACUUAACAAAGAGCUACAUGCAAAUGUAAGUCUUGUGUAUAUUUUAUUGAGGCUAUUUGCAAAUAAUAUUAGGUUACUGUGGACUUGUUAUAAAAAUCCUAAACGCAUAAUCUUCUAAUAAUAUUGUAUACAGUGGUGAUUCUCACUCUGGGAUCCAGGACUGUCUGGGGAGCCAUAGGAAGAUUUAAAUGAUUUAAAUUAUUUUUUUCCAUAAGCCAAGAAUUUAUUGAAGCACAUUCAGUACAAUCACAUGAAUUGUGGUCAGUUCAGGUGGGCAUUUGAAUAUUCUUUUGGACAAUAGGUGGGCUAUCAAGUUAAACAAGUUGAGAACCACUGGUGUGGAGGAUAUCACAAACAUACUAAUGAGUGAGUUCUGAUGAGAAAUGAUUUGCAUCUUUACAACUAAUUGUGUUGUGGCUUGAGGUGUGUGUAGUGAGUAGAUUUGGUUACUACGAUUACAUGAUCAAACUAAGUCUCUCCCCAGAGCUUGCCCAUGCCAAAGAUGUUGGGUUAAAGCUGAGGGAAGCUCUGAAGCAGCAGCUCACCAUCAUCCACGAGAGAGUGGAGGCUAGGAAGAUAGCUAAAUUGGCUCUGGCAGAAGUGAGGAACAUCCUAGCCAAAGAGGAAGAAGAGAGGACCUUGAACCAUAUCAGGGAGGAGUCGGAAGCCAAGGCCUGGGAGAGAGCUGAGGCUCGGCUGAAAGAAGAGGGAGAGAGAAUAGAAAAAGAGGAUGUGGAAAAGGCCAUGGAAAGAAUUAGAAGGGAGAAGGAGGAAAGAGAGAAAAUGGUAGAAGUUGAAGAAGCAAAGAAGACUAAGAAGGUGGAAAAGGAUGAGGUGAAGGCAGAUGCUGAAAAGAAAUCUCAUGAGAAACCUAUUAUUGAAGACGAUGCUAAAAAAGUUGAGAAAAAUGGAAAAGGCAAAGAAUCCAAGAAGGCUGCAGCUAAAAAGAAACUGUAAGGCUACUGUUAGAUCUUCUCGUCUUCUGUGUAAUUUAACAACUGGCUGAAUUUGAUAUCAGGCCAUUGUGAGUAUCCUGAGACCACCCCUUGUAGACCGAAGGCAAGACCUUUCAUCUCUAUGAGAGAGAUAAUAGAUGUUAAGCAGAACGUUGAGGUUAGUAGAAGCAAAAGCAGAACAAGGUGCUAUAUGCCGAUCAUCAUGUGGAAGUUCUUUUAUGUCUCUUAAAAACUGUCUGUUAUGUUUUGAUGGUAGGAAUUUGGUUUACUCUUACAAAAUGCUAGCUAUAUAGCGUGGGUUUUAAACAUUGAUGUUCCUCUGAUUUUGUUUAUUUUAUAAUAAAUACAACAGGCAGUGAUACUUUAAUAAGAGAGAACAUUCUUGUGUUAUCAAUAAACUAUAUGAAUCCUCUGAUUGUUUUAUCAGUGCCUUGAGUGUUUUUCUUUUCAGUGUUGAUGAAAAACAAACAGUUGUAUUAAAACUGGACAUGUCUGUUCUCUAAUAAUAUCUAUAAACUUUUCCUUUUUCCUC